AAAAGGAGAAAUCCCCAGCGGCCUGCGAGCACGAGGCCUCCCCUGCUCCCCGCAGCAUUCGCAGCCUCCGAAAACUACCCCAACCCAAAACCCCAGCGCCCCCUUCCCAAACCCUAGCCCCUCGGGCGGCCGGACGGCCUCCUCGCUGGCCCGGCCAACACACCGCGGAGGUGCCGCGGCAGCCCGCCACUCGCCCGGCCCUUCCGUCGCCGGCGCCUCUUCCGCGCCGUUCGCCCCGCAGGCAGGGCAGGCUGCAAUCCGCGCUCUGCAUUCCGGCAGACCUCUCCAGGCGCCAAGAUGACCAGGUGGGAUGAAAUUCUCACCCUUCCAGUUCAGAACCCAACCAUAUUGGAGUUUUCAGCAGCAGAUAUCACGUGGUCCAUGGUGGAGGGCUGGAAGGACUCAAUGGACAGGCUUGCACUCAUUCCGUUUUCUAGGGUGGGUGAUUUUGUCAGAGGAGAAUCAAACAACAAAGCAUGCCCGACAAGAUUCCACGUUGAGGCACGGAGAAGGCGUUCUCCAACCAUGACCUGCAAACCAAAAGUCGACGGGAUACUUGAGUAUAUUCUGUAUUGGUGUUCUUUUGGUCCAGAUGAUUAUAGAAAGGGUGGUGCUGUCCGGCCUAGCAGAUCCUCUUGCGGAAAGAGGAAAACACCCGCUGGUCGCCCUAAUACAAAGAGGGGGUGUGUUUGCCAUUUUAUUGUGAAGCGUUUGAUCGCUGAACCAUCAUUGGCUCUUGUGAUAUAUAACCACAACAAGCAUGUAGAUAAGAAAGGCACACCAUGUCAUGGUCCCAUGGACAAGAUGGCUGUAGGGACGAAGGCAAUGUUUGCACCUUACAUAUCGGAUGAAUUACUUCUUGAAGUUAUGUCUUUGCUCUAUGUUGGUAUUCCUGUCGAGACCAUAAUGCAGAGACAUACUGAAAUGGUUGAAAAGCAAGGAGGACCAUCAAAUCGUGAUGAUCUUCUUACUCACAGAUAUGUUAGGAGGCUGGAAAGAAAAAUGCGGCGUUCUGUUUAUGAACUUGAUGAUGACGAUGCUGUUAGUAUGAACAAAUGGGUUGAAAAUAACCAGGACUGCGUAUUUUUCUAUGAAGAUUUUUCUGAUAAUGAUACCUUUGUCUUGGGCAUUCAGACAGAUUGGCAGCUACAGCAGAUGAUUCAGUAUGGCAACCGCAGUUUACUGGCUUCUGAUUCAAAGUUUGGAACAAACAAGUUAAAGUAUCCUGUACAUAGCAUCCUUGUUUUCGACCAGCAGAAAAAUGCAAUUCCUGUUGCUUGGAUCAUCACUCCCAAUUUUACACAUGGUGAGAUACAUAGAUGGAUGGGUGCUCUAUAUGAUCGAGUUCGUACAAAAGACCCGACGUGGCAGUUGGGUGGCUUCAUUAUUGAUGAUCCCUUGACCGAUAUGCGCACUAUAAGGGAAGUGUUUCAGUGCCCGGUGUUGAUUUCCUUAUGGCGUGUCCGUCACGCUUGGCAUAAAAAUUUGAUGAGCAAGUGUUCAGAUUUUGAGAGGCGUUCAAUGAUGGCUAAACGACUCGGGGAGGCAAUAUCCAGCAUCUGUAGAGGAAAUGGUGAUAUAGAAUUAUUUCAGGCCUUCCUGGAAGAUUUUAUUGAUUGCUCUGGCUUUGUGGACUACUUCAAAGCUCUAUGGCUUCCAAGACUUGGGGCAUGGACGGACAUCUUGAAGACCAACCCGUUGGCUACUGCUGAGGUAGCUUCAGCAAUUGAGAGAUACCAUCACCUGCUAAAACUUCGGCUGUUGAAUGAGGCAGAUGAAAGCAUCUACCAGCGUGCAGACUGGUUGGUUCAUAAGUUGGGUACGAAGGUUCACUCGUACUGCUGGCUGGAUGAAUUUUCUGGGAAGGACAGCUUCUCUCGUUACUGGAGGAGUGAGUGGAAAACUGGUCCAAACCCAUGGCAGCAGGGAUUGCAAAUUCCGGAUUCUGAUAUUGUAAUUGAAGGCAACUGUGCUAGAGUGGUCUGCCAGAAACACAAGGAGAAGUCCCAUGCCAUACUGAACCCAGGUUCUGAGCUUGCAUUGUGUGACUGCAGCUGGUCAAGGAAGGGAAACCUUUGCAAACAUGCAAUGAAGUCGGCAAAGGUUUGCCGUGACAGGGGAUUGGCACCGCCAUCUUUGGCGCUGCUUCGCUACUACCAGGCACUGGCAAAUGUUGUUCAUUGCCCACCCAGUGACUCUGUGAUAUGCGACCAUGCAAUCGCGGUGGCAGUUUCUGUGAGAACACAGUUAGAUGCGUUGCUUUCCGCCACCAACGGCAGUUCUCCAGAUACCUCACUUUUCAAGGGUCCACAAUCAACCAGUGACAAUGAACCCAGAGAACUUGAUGUUCGGGAAGCCAACAUUGAAAAUGGCAGUGAAGUUCCCGCUGACGAGGAUAGCGAUGAGGACAGUCCUGCUUGCAAGAAAAGAAAGCCUAGAGGACCAUCUGAUGAAGACGAAAUCGCUACAGCGACGCAAGUUUCUGAAGCUGAGAGCAGUCAAGCAACUUCUAUACGGGAACUUGAUCGAUCUCAGGAUAGUCCUGCUCCCCAGGAAAGAGUGCGCAGAGAAACUUCUGACGGGUAUGAAGGAACUGCAGUGAUGGAAAUUUCUGAUGACGAGGAAGAAACUGCAGCGGUGCAAAUCACACAACCUUCUGAAAGUGAGAACAGUCAAGCGACUUGUGUGCAGGAAGUUGAUCGCAAUCAGGAUAGUCCUGCUCGCCAGGAAAGAGGGGGCAGAUAACCUUGGGACGGUGAUGGAGGAACUGCGACGGUGCAAGCUAGCGAUGGCGACAAGGAAACUGCAGCUGCUUAAAGAAACUGAUGGACUGAAUGAUUCUUCUGUCGAGGUUAGAUUAGCUGAUCGGAUAGAUGGGACAUGACGCCUUAGGCCUCUCGUUUCUCGUCUGAAACCACCAGUUUGUUUGUGCGGUUUGUAUGUUUUCAGCUACCAAAACUUCAUGCUUACUGAAUGAAGUCAGGCAACACGCAACCAAUGCUUAUCCUUGUAGCGGAUCAGGGAACCAUGUGAAUAAAGCGCAACAAUCUCAUGUACGUGGUUUACAAUCACAUGAGCUUGUUACUUUGUCCCCUGUGAAUAAAGCGCAACAAUCUCAUGUACGUGGUUUACAAUCACAUGAGCUUGUUACUUUGUCCCCUGUAUUACGACGAUUUUCCCCAAAUGAUGGGCAAAUCUGAAUUGCUGCUGAUGGAGGUUAUGUUAA